CCUUUCCCCUCCCCCAUUAAUCCCUUUGGAUUAAUUAAUAAAUCGAAAAUAUCUAGAAGCGGCCGGCUAAAUAAAGCGGGAGCGGGAAGUAUUAAAAGGAUGGGUCCCGCUUCUCUACCCGCCAGCGGGUCCCACCAUUUUCCCACUCUUAUCCGAUCAAAGGCUCCCACCCCGGUUCCCAUCCUGCCACGUGUCUUCCAUCGGACGGCUCUCCUACUUCCACCUCUUCUCCAUCCUCACAACAAAAAGCCCAGCUCUUCCGCCUCUUUGCCCUGCCUCGUCUCCGCCAUUGCUUUCUCUCUCACUCACUUUCUCCUGAGUUCUGAUUCCCUGUGACGAUCGUAUCGUAUCUCUUCAAAUUUGACCGGCGGUGCUCUUUUCCCCAGUUUUCAUAGGUGCUUCCGAGAGGAUUCUGGGGGCUUUGUUCAUCAAAUGUCGGAAUGACAUUACUUUUAUAGCUCUUUGAGCAGAUGGUGUAAGUGGACCAGAGCCAAAAUUUAGCAAACAUGGGUGGGAUUUGUUCAAGGAAGAGAGACCAAGAGGUCCUUGGGGAUGGUAUUGCCAGCAGACUUUCAGGAAGGUAUGGUAAAAGUGGGAGUUCAAAAUGGCUUCGCAACUCAUUUGGUCAUGUUGCCGUUGCUGACUGCCAAGCAGGAGGCAAUCGCCCCUCUUUGAUGGAACUAUGCAUACAGCAAAUAUGCAAGGACAUUGAAAGGUAUAAGUCCUUUUCUGUACUUCCAAGGGAUAUAAGCCAGCAAAUAUUUAAUGAGUUGGCGUUGACUCAUAGCCUCAAUGAUGAUUCUCUUGUAGCGUUUCUCGAUUGCGCUCUGCAGGAUGUUCAUUUAGGUGACUAUCCAGGGGUGAAGGAUAGUUGGAUGGAUGUAAUAUCUUCACAGGGAUCAUCUCUACUUUCCUUGGACCUUUCCGAUUCGGAAAUCACAGAUGCUGCUUUGGUUUGUCUAAAAGAUUGUUCGAACCUUCAGGAAAUGACUCUAAAUUAUUGUGAAAGUAUUACCGAGCAUGGGCUGAAACACAUAAGGGGCCUUAACAGCUUAACUUCUUUGAGUUUCAAAAGGAGUACUGCUAUUACCGCUGAAGGGAUGCAAGCCUUCUCUACUUUGGUUAAUUUAGAGAAGUUGGACCUGGAAAGAUGCUCCCAGAUUCAUGGUGGACUAAUUCAUCUGAAAGGAUUAACAAAACUGGAGUCUCUUAAUAUUAGGUGCUGUAAAUGCAUUACAGAUCUGGACAUGAAGGCUCUCACUGGUCUCACUAAUCUGAAGGAAUUGCAAUUAUCCAAUUGUAACAUCACGGAUUUUGGGGUUUCCUUAUUGAGAGGUAUCCAAUUGCUGGACAUUAAUUAACUUUUUUUCAUCUGUCAACCUAGAGAGUGGACACACUCUGCACUUCCCCCGUUUCGGCCACUUUGGCUUCUUGUGAAGCUCCAUCUAAUGCUAGUUUGAGUGUGGUGUUGAUGCCUUCCUAGUGUAUUCCAGGUCUUUGCUAAGAUUGUCAUACUGAACUUGGAAGGUUGUAAUGUGACAACUGCGUGUUUGGAUUCACUUUCAGGUCAGCUUUCUUUUGAUUAUUUCAUCUGCAAUGGUCCUUACAGGUUACUGUAUCACCUAUUAGCUUCCGUUGUAUGCAGAGAGAAAGGAUUUCAAGUUGUAGAUUGGUCAUUUUGACUUUUCUUUGUCUCAGGGGAAAAAAAGUGUCAUCACUUAUUCUAUAUAGGAAUAGUAUUGAUCAACCCUUUUCCUUUUGCAGCUCUUGUAAAUCUUGCAUACUUAAAUUUAAGCAGAUGUGGGUUGUCAGAUGAGGGAUGUGAUAAGUUUUCUGGUGAGUGAACCUACCUGUUUAUUUAUCAAGUUGUGUUGAACUGCUCAUUUUAGCAGUCAUUCAGCUUUCAACAUGCAAGGUGAUUGAGUGUUUGAGAAAACAUGCAGAGCUGAAGAAGUUGAAGGUAUUGAGUUUGGCAUUCAACAACAUUACAGAUGCUGUUUUGGUCCAUCUAAAAGGCUUAAAGAACUUAGAGAGCUUGAACCUGGAUUCUUGUAAGAUUGGUGAUGAAGGGCUCGCUAACUUGUCUGGACUUCCCCUCAAAAGUUUGGAGUUGUCUGAUACUGAAGUUGGCAGCAGUGGUCUUCGUCAUCUUUCAGGUUUGAACCAACUGGAAAGCUUAAAUCUGUCUUUCACCUUGGUCACCGAUGGUGGUCUGCGGAGAUUAUCUGGGUUGACUUCUCUUAAAUCACUCAACUUGGAUGCUCGUCAGAUUACAGAUACUGGUCUUGCCGCUCUUACAAGUUUGACAGGUCUGACCCAUCUGGACCUCUUUGGAGCUCGAAUUUCAGAUGCUGGAACAAAAUAUUUGCAACACUUCAAGAAUCUCCAAUCCCUGGAAAUAUGUGGUGGUGGUAUAACAGAUGCUGGGGUUAAGAACAUCAAAGAUCUUUCUCGCCUAACCGUGUUGAACCUGUCACAGAACAGCAACCUCACAGACAAAACCUUAGAAUUGAUCUCUGGGUUGGAGGGCUUAGUGUCGCUGAACAUUUCAAAUUCUCUGAUAACCAACAAGGGUCUGAGGCAUUUGAUGCCAUUGAAGAAUUUACACUCCCUAACCUUGGAGUCCUGUAAGGUGACUGCCUCCGAGAUAAGGAAGCUACAGUUAACUGCACUCCCCAGUCUGGUGAGCUUUCGACCAGAGUAAAGAAGCGUGAUGUGGACACAUAUAGCGAAAGGGGAACUACUUGUAAAUAUAGCUUCAUAUGCUCUCAGCUGGUGGUAUUAUGCCAUGUACAGUCUCUAAAUAAGUAUACCUACCGCCUCAUCUGGCCGAAGGGAAUUUUAAAGGCUAGCAAUAGGAAGCAAGUCAUGCAGAAAGAAAGCCAUCAAAGUGUAUGUAAAUAUAGUGGGGUUUUUCUGCCUGCUGGAACCAUUGAAUGAAAGUUGUACAUAUAUGUUUUUAUCAAGUGGCACAUGAAAACUUCUGCCCUAGUUUGUUGUGUUAUGAUAAGUAAGCUCCAGUUUGAAGAGUGUGCCAGUGCUUAUUAUCCCUCUGUUGUAAACCUCUGAUCGAUUCAAAUAGAAAAAUGUUUCUGUCGAA